AUGGACCCCAUUCGUCGCAUCAUUUUUCUUCUUCUGGCCUUUUACAGGAUAAACUCAGCUCUUUCUUAUUGUGUUAUAGGAUGCUCCUGCUCCAGUGAUAGCUUUGGAAGGAGUUUGCUGUGCAUGUCUACAUCCUUGAGAAAGAUACCUGGAGACAUCCCUCAAGACAUCAGAAAAAUUAGAAUAGAAAACUCUCAUCUAACAGAACUGCCUCGUGGGUCAUUCUCCAAUGCCAGUGCCUUGGAAUACCUUUGGCUGAAUUUUAAUAAUAUCACAGUUAUGCACCUAAAGAGCUUAGAAUACCUGAAGGAUCUGACAGAGCUGAGAUUGCAGGGAAACAAAUUAAGUUCAGUUCCAUGGACAACAUUUCAAGACACUCCAGCUUUAAAAAUAUUGGAUCUAAAGCACAAUAGACUGGAUGUUCUUCCAGAGCAUGCACUCAGGUAUCUGCCCAACCUGACCUACUUAGACUUAUCCUCAAAUCAGCUUACUGUCAUAUCCAGGGAUGUCUUCUAUAAUUGGCCUGUGUACCAGAAAACCCAGCAGUCUGAGAAGAAGAUGGAAGCUAGUUCCAACGCUGUCCUGGCUUUACAUGAUAACCCAUGGAUCUGUGACUGUCGCCUUAGGGGACUUGUCCAGUUUAUCAAAUCUGUUAGCCCACCAGUUAUUCUCAUGAAUUCUUAUUUAAGUUGUUCAAGCCCGAAAUUUAGGGCAGGAAAGUUCUUUCAUGAAGUGGAGCUCAACAGUUGCAUGAAGCCAAUAACCUCAUCCCUUGACUCCAACCUGACUGUGCAUGUGGGAUUGAAUGUUACUAUGGUCUGCUUGGUACAGGGCAGCCCCUCUCCAGCAGUCUGGUGGACCUAUGGCCUAAAACAUUUAAGGGCAUUUAAUGUGUCCACUACACACAUCAGUGAAGAUACAAUGAAAUCAGAGUUGGUGAUUCCUUCAGCUCACCUUAUGGAUGAGGGCAAUUACACCUGCACAGCUGCCAACUUCAUUGGCAACACCUCUACUAUAAUCUCCCUGAAAGUCCAGGCUCCCAGAAUGGUAGCUUCUUCCUCAUCUUUCUCUUCCUCUGUCUCAGAAGAGAAUGCCUAUGUUGAUGUUAGGAUAGCCAAACAGACGGUGUAUGGAAUUACGCUGGAGUGGUAUGCAGUGACUGAGAAUCCAGGAGAAACUUGGUACACCCUCCACUUUGGGAAGUAUGACGACUCUGAGAAGGAGAUGAUUUACAUUGGCCCGGGCACCAACACAUACUCAGUCAAUGACUUGCUCCCAGCUACCAAGUAUGAGGUGUGUGUCACCAUAAGGAACCAGACACCCCGAAAGGGCCAAUGCAUUGUGUUUGUCACAGGCAGUGACAUCAGUGAACUAGAACAGAGGGAGAAGCUCAUCCAUAUCAUCAUCAUUGUUUGUGCCAUGGUGCUGGCAGUUCCCGCUGGGAUGUAUGCAUGCACCACAGAAACUCGGCUUAACUGCAUGGAGAAGUGCGCUGGAUUCUGCCACAAGAAUCGCAAAGGGCAGAAGAAUCUGAGAGCAGGCAACAAAGAAAACACCUUUGACAGCUUGCCAACUGGCAGCGAGGAAGGGCUGUGUUACCGAGACUCCAGUGAAGACAAGAGAAAGCCAAGGUCUCCGGAGGACAAGGAGAAGCCCGACAAACAUAAACCUAAUCACAGAAAUAGCGCUGAUCUCUAUUAGCUGAUAAAAAUUCAAUCCCAUAUUAGAGUAGAUCAAGUUAAAUAUAGAAGGGCCAACAAAAGUAUACAUAAACCUAGGGCUCUGUGUUACAUAAACACUGGGAAUGUGCUAUGCAGACAUACAACCUUGUUUUUCAAAGGAUUUUGGCAACAUCUGAAACUUUAAGGAAAAAUGGGGUUAUUGGUAAGCAGGAGAGUAGUGCAUGGCAUGCACGUUGCUGGCAGGGGAGCCGAUAUACAUACUUUCAGCUACCUGGGAAAUUCAAUUAAAUAGAGGACAGAUACAUGGCAUUGUAAUCUUUACAAAUUAUUU